UGACAAUCAAAAUCCAGUUUUUAAUCGUAAAAAAAGAAAUCAAAACGAGUAAAAAAUAUUGAAAUUUUCUUCAAUAUUUACAGUUUAUAUUUAUCUACCGCUGAAAAAAAACAAUAAUCAUAUGAGUGUGGUUAUUCUUUGUUUAUAGUAAAGUGGGUGGAUUCCUACUCGUAUGUAAUUAGGCGGAAUUUAGAAUUUGUGUCAUGCCCGCACAACCGAGGGAUUUCACUGAUAAUGAAAAAUGAAGGGGGUCGAUAAUUCGCCAGCUAAUCGCGAAGGAAUGACCAAUAAACCUAUUGUAACAUGCGCUGGGGAUUGGAACUUGUUUUGCACAUUAGAGGCUCCGCUCGUGGCCGCGAUACCGCAGGAUUCGUGUGAGUGGAGGAGAUCCUAUGGCCGGGUCACAAAGUCUGUUUACUUGGAAGCUUCAUUUAUUAAAUAUAAUCCAGAUAAAGUGCAAUCUGAGCUCAACUUAUUAAACCGCCCAAUCCUGCAUAUUUAUUGGACUGACUGUGUUGAUAUAGAAUAUUACAAGACCACACUUAGAGAAGAUAUAGAAAUAUGGCUCAAGCAAUUAGAAAAGAAAGGCAUUACAGACUGGAUGAUAAUUCUAGUAGAAACUUAUGAUAUUAGGAAAACUAAUAAGUUACUGCCUAGAACUACAGUUUUGGAUAAAAUAAAAGGAGAUUUUGCCAUAAAACAGACAGAAGAUAGGUUUUUGUCUGUAAUUAAUCCUAUUAAGUCUGAAGCGAGGAGUGCGGAGUCAUGGAGGGCCCUGGUGGCGAAGAUGAGGCAUUUUGUCCUGGUGGCAUACAACAAGGCGUUGAUAAAGUUCGAAGAGCACAUGAGGGAGCAGAGAGAGAAAAGAAAUGACCCAGAGUGGGAUUUUUGUAAAUAUUUUAUUCUACAGGAACAACUAGCAUUUGUAUUAGAAAUGUUAGGUUUGUAUGAAGAAGCAUUAGUCCAAUAUGACGAAUUGGAUGCAUUGUUCUCCCAAUUUGUGCUCAAUUCCAAUGUGACAGAGGGUCCAAAAUGGCUUGACACAUUCAAGCAGCCCAUCACCUCUUGGCAAGCGGUCAGACUGACAGCCCUGGUGCCGCAGCAUCUGAGGGAGCUUAUUAUUAAGAAGAAAGCUUCACUCUUAGACUUUAGAAGCUAUUUGUUUCAACGUCAAAGUGCCAUGUUACUGCUUAUGUUUAAACCUUGUGAGAUCGCCUCUCGCUGCCUCAGCACCGUCCACAACACGUUAGUUGAGCUCUCGCUACUGGGCUGCGCGGGUGUGGACGGCGCGGCGGCCUGCUGGGCGCAGCUCGCCUGCGCCGAGACCCUGCGCGCCUGCGAGCGGCUCUCGCAGACCAACAGGGAGGAGUGCGCCGCCAUGCAGGCGCCGCUGCACAACACUGCUAAAGACAAGCUCCACGAAUUAGGCAAGCUCUGCGGCCUCCUCCCAGGCUCCCCUGAACCGACCUCCGAGCAACUUCACCUAGUCGUCAUGCUCUCCGCCGGCAUGGGAGACAGCGAACCCAACAACCAGCACCAGACGCCAACGGACCGGCUGAAGGAGGCGUUGUGCAGCAAAACAAGUUUUCAGCAAUAUUACUUGGAGCUCGCUGAGUUGGCUAUGGGGACGUAUAAGCAUAUAGGGAGGUUAAGAUUUGCGCGCCUCAUCGGCCGGGAUCUAGCCGCGUUUUACUCAGAACUCGGCGAGACUCAGAAAGCGGUAGUUUUCUUGAUGGAUGCCCUCCGAUCUUACGAGGAGCAGGGAUGGCGAGACCUGGCCGCGCAGACCAGGCUAGAGCUGGUGGCGGCGGCUAAGAAGAUGGACGAUGUCGACAGAUACACAAAGCUCUCUGCAACAAUAGCAUGCACUGCCGAAUUAGAAAUCCUAGUCAGAAACUUCUAUUUAGAAGAAAUGAUGAAAUCAAUCCGAGAUAAUCUCUCCCAAAAACCCGAACCAGUCCUAACCGAGCUCAACGAGUGCUUCAAAAUUGUCUCAGCAACGCUACUGCCGUCCGACCGUGGUAUCUAUAUCACUGACAAUAAGGUCCAAUGUCGCUUGGUCGUGGAGAGCAAUAUGCCUAAAGAUAUUACUUGUACGCGCGCAGCGAUUAGUAUAGAGAAGUUUAAUGUGGAUAAACAGACAGAGAAAAGGACGCCGGCGAAAAGUUAUAAGACUGACUUAAGUGUUAAUAAUAAUUUAGGAUCGCAGAAUAAUUCGCCGAGGAAAAGUGCGCCUGAGGGCGAUAACGAGUUAACUAAUUUAAUUACAAGUAUAAGACUGGACGAUUUAAAACCUAAGAAUCCUCUGUUAAACCCGUUACACAUAACCUCGCAGCUCCACUACAAAGAAGACAAAUCCUUACAAAAAGCCACAGUAGAGUGUAUCAACCCUAAAGUUACACUCAAACGCUCAGACAGCAGCAAAUACAGAAAACCGUCCGCCACUUUAAGAAGCAACUAUGAACUUUCAUUCACAUGCGAUAAUCUUACUCUCAAGCCAGGCACAAAUGAGAUUACAUUAGAAUGUAUAUCGAAAACACCAGGUAUAUUUAAACUUGGUCAAAUAUCUUUGCUAGUUGAAGAGAAAUUGGAGUUUUUGUCCAACGUGCUGACGAGUUUGAAAGUGGGGUAUGAUGUGGUGACACAAGGCGUGAAUGUGUACCUGAAUAAGGUAGAGCCUAAGAAGGAUUUGGUGGCUGGGUUGGAGCAUGCUAUGGAGCUGGUGGUGACUAGUGGGAGUUCGCAUAUAGAGGAGAACGCAACAAUCCUCCUAAAAACCUCGUUGGGGCUGGUGAUCCGCCUCGCCGGUGGCGGCGACGCCGGCGCGGCGCGGGAGCUGUCCAUACCGGUGCCGGCCAGCAAGCCGUUCGAGACCACGCGGGUGCCGCUCAGGCUGUUCGCGAACCUGCAGCCCAAGAAGGAGAAGAGCCAGGAGCAUACUGUCUGGCUCAACUGUCCCUGGUGGGAAGCAGCGAUGGAAGUGCCCCUCCACUUCUCCCCGCCCAUGGUCGCGUCCUGGCGCCUUCUAACAUCCAACACUAGGAAAUUCGUACACGUCACCCUCAAGUCCACGGUCGCCCAUCUCGUGCAGUUCGAACUGACAGACCCUAAGUUGGAGUGCGACGGCAAUACGACAGUGUCGGAUAUGAAUCCCAAGAAUGCCAAAGAUAUGAUGGUAGCUUCAGACGGCACCACAGCCUCCUUUAUGUGGGAGCUCCUCAAAGAUCCCCUAGUAAAGGCGGGCCCCAUGAAAGCGCUGUUCACGGUACAAUACCGGCCCGUCGACGUGGACGAGCCCCCUAGAAUGUUCUCGUGCCCGUUCGACGUACAGGACUGUACGACGCUGUUCGUCAUUAGGACUAAACUGGAGCCGAGCAAGGGGUCGGAUUUCUGUAGGGCGUCGCAGGUUUGCUGUUUGCAGCUUAGUGUGCAACGGGUCAACGAAACGGAAUACACAUCUCUAAUGUACGAGGUUUUAGCCGACCAAACUAUGUGGGCUGUAUUAGGAAGAACUGCAGGCGUGAUAUCCCUGGAGUCGAGCGCGGAGGCGAGCGUGGCGCUGGACGUGAUGCCGCUGGGCGCCGGCUACCUGCCGCUGCCCGCCGUGCGCCUCUCCAAAUACAUCGCGCACAACAACAAAGAUCCGAAGAAAGACAUGUCAGCACACCCGCGCCUGGAGCCGUUCAGCCCCGGCCAGGUGUACCACGCGGGCAAGGCGCGCCAGGUGCACGUGCUGCCCUCCGCGCCCAAGGAGCACCUGGAACCGCCCGUCUGAACUCUUGCUUUCACAGAAACUAUUUGAAAGAGAAACUCAUUGCUAACCAAUAUCUAAACACGCCUAGCUACGCUAGCCGGGGGGACCCACUGGUGCCCAAUCGGCUACGGUGACUGCUUACCAUCAGGCGGGUCGUAUGCUUGUUUGCCACCGACGUAGUAUAAGCUCGCUCUGUAGCAAAGUAAGUACAUGUUCCGAUAUUGUCAGCAACUCUGCGGCGUAUAUAUAACGGCUGUAGGUGACCGUGAGUCGUCAGUUGGAACGCGUAAGUAAAAUAUCAGUUGCAACUUUUAUGAGGACCCCUUAUAAGGCAUUAGUGAGAAAUUAUACAAAAUUGAACCCUAUCACAUUAAAAUAAAGUUCAAAAUAAGAUGGAAAAUAUACUCCCAAUAUACAGGCUUAAACAAUUGUGAUGAACGAAAAAUGCCUCAUUGGAAAUAUCAGGACUGAAAACAAUUGUGGUGUCCUGUAAACUCUAAUUUUUAUUCAAUAAAUUGCUUUGGGAUUCUGCUAUGUAUUUUGUUAUUGUACUUUUAUGACUACAGUCAAGUGUAAAAAUAUGGGUGUACACAUCUUACUCAAAAAUAUGUCCCAUAGCAUCUUAUUCCAGUGUAAUAAGAGCGUAGUACCAUAUUUAUGAGACGAUUCUCUCGAUACAUAUUUUUGCACUUGACUGUACAGUCAUGGACAUUAUUUGUUAAGCCAUUUAGGGUUAACUUUACAUUGGAGAAGUCAUAGCGUUACUAUUGCUAACCAAAUUAGCUUUAACCGUAGAUGGGUCAUCAAUUUAAGUCCGACCUUACCUGAAUACCGCUGAUAUCAUUUUUUUUUUCGUUUUGGGAAAAUGAACUUUUUAUGUUCAAUAUAAUUAACACAAUCUUUCUGGAAACAUAUACUAGAGUAUAAAGAACGUAAAAUGAAUGUAUCUGUAUUUGUUGUUAGAAAUAAAUGUCAUCGAAAAGUAAUAAUUUAGAUAUGAGGACAUGUAGGAACUAUUGGCUUCCAUGCUAUUGCCCACUCUUUUUAACCAUUUAACCGCUUAGAAUUUUUCACUGAGCGCGCUCGUGUGGCCGCCGGUACGAAGUUACACGAAGUAACACCCUGCCUAUGAAGCCGAUGGUCCUGGGUUCGAAUCCCGGUAAGGGCAUUGAUUUGUGUGAUGAAGAUACAGAUAUUUGUAGUUAUAUAUAUCGUUGUCUGGGUACCCACAAGGUUGAGGGGGUUGGGGUUGAGUUGAGGUUACUGUGGGGCUUAGUCAAUUGUGUAAGAAUGUCCAAUAUUUAUUUAUUUAUCAGACAGCGGUGAAAUGAGCUGGAUAUUGCACUUCUUAUAUAUCAGACUACGGCGGUUAAAAGGUUAAAUAAUAACUCCAAAUUAUGAAAUGUGCAUUAAAUGUUAGCGUUGUGUCUACGACACAUAAAAUAAUGCAGUCUCAUAAAAGUAAUAUGUAUAAUCGAAGUAAUAUAAUAAAUGUUUAAUAUAGAAAUUUUCACAGAAUAUGUAAGGAAUCGGACCAUGGAAUCGAUGUGAUAAUUCAAAGUUUCAUGUAACUAUAACGUGUGUUUAUACUUUAUAGACGUACUCAUAAAAUUGUACUUUUACAAGCUUCCAAAAAAAUUAUACCUAAAUUAUCAAAUUUGCUUCUAAAACUCAACGAAAUGAGUCCUGUGAACGCAUCACUCCUUAGCUUUAAUAUAUAAGCAUACCAUCCUCCUGAGUCCCGAUGUCCUUUUAAAAGGACAAAUUCAAAUCGAAUUUUGAACUAUAAUGGAAUAAGAGAAGGCUUAAAUUAUGAACUGGCUAAAUCGUUCUGGGACUUAGGAGGUAAUAAUAAGAAAUCACCCUAAUCCUAUUUCUUUUUUUAGUGUCGUUUAUAUUAUACGUUUUACACAAUUCACAGAUAUUGUAAAUUUUAUACCAACUGGGUUACCUAUUUUGAUCUAAUUUCCUUGUGUACGAUGAAAAUAAAAUAUAUAACAACUACUUCUGAUGUAAUUAACGUACUACCAACUUAUCGUACCGAUUAUAAUGUCGAUAAGUUGCGUAGUCGUAGCUCCCUUUACAUUGGUGAUCAGAUUGGGAUAUCGGCAGACCUUCCUUAGGUACCCCAGUGGACUUCAUUAAUCCUGCAUCCAUAUUCUACUAUAAAUAAUAUCGAUAUUUUCUCACACGGGAUAUGGUUGACAGGGUUUUAGUAUAUGGUACCCACACCUGCAAUUAUUUAAAAAUGAGCUUUAUCGUCGUGAAUAAGAGUUGAUAUUAGAAUACGGGCUUACGUAGUUACGUACUAGAUAUUGUGUAUUUGAUGUUGUUGGGAGUAGUUGGAAUAUUUGGUACAUUAACAAGGACACUCGAAAAUAUACCUAAUGAUAAGGUAUACAAAUGCUCAUAUUGAGUGUCUUUUUUGAUGGUACUAAAUGAUAAUAGGAGUAGGUAGUCUUAAGGUCCGACCACACCGCUUAAAAAACGGUGACUUUACGGAAUCACAGUGACGCAGAUGUAGAUGUUGAUGUAGUGUAGGGACGACCGGCCGGAAAAAGGCGGGCUGUCGAUCAUGUGUUGCGUUCAUUCAGCCCAAUUCCCUGAGGUUGGAGCUGCAGGUUAUUGUCCCGGCGGAAUUCCCACACUAUUCUCCUCAAAUCUUUUUGUUUUCCUGCAGAACAGAAGGUUAUCUUUAAGUUCGCCGUCCUUUAGUGCGUUUUCUUUCAGGAUGUCUCCACCGAAUAUAUUAUAUCGCGGUGCCGUAUACAUAAUACAUUCUGCUAGUAAGUGUAAGCUAGUCUCAGUGACGCAUCGUAAGCGUACGGUUUUUAUCGCAUGCUGCUUAACAAAAAACGGUGACCGUGCGGAAUCGCAGUGACGUGGCGUAAACUUUAUAAAUUUACUAUAAGAAUAAGAAUGAUUUAUUGCAGUACCGUGUACAUUUGUAGGUAGUAAUCCUGAUACAAUGAAUUAGUUUCAACAGUUACCCAUUUCGGGUAUGCAAAACUUAAUUAACUUAUGAACUAAACUUAACAAACUCACAACACACCUUAGAACCUAAAUGGUCGCGUACUGUGCGGUUCAAGAGGAAUUUCCUCCCGCGGACGCUCCAGCUGUGGAAUGAGCUCCCUUCCGAGGUUUUUCCGAGGGUCUACAGUAUGGGGUUCUUCAAAAAAGGAGUGUACAGGUUUUUAGAGGGUCGGCAACGCGCAUGUAACACCUCUGGUGUUGCAGGCGUCCAUAGGCUGCGGUGACUGCGUACCAUCAGGCGGGCCGUGUGCUUGUUUGCCCCGUCGUGGUAUAAAUAAAAAUUAACUUUAAUAACAUGCAACGUUAAUUAAUUACAUACCAAUUAAUGUUCAAAAUAUUAUUUUAGACUAUAAAAUGAUUUAUCGAGUAACCAGUUUUUCAAUGAUACUCUGAAUCAGUUACCUUCGAGUGCCUUUACAUCAGCUGGAAGGUGAUUAAAUACUCGAAUAGCUGUUACAAAAGUGCUCUUUAUGGAUGUGUUGGAAAAGGGCCUGCGUUAAACACGUGACAUUUACGACACGUCACUGCGCCGCACCGUCCGUGGGUUUUAACCAGCGGUGUGUGGAGCAUGCGAUAAAAACGGUACGCUUACGAUGCGUCCGCGAUUCCGUAACGUCACCGUUUUUUAAGCAGCGGUAUGGUCGGACCUUUACUCAAACUAAGCUAACUGAAUAACGACCUGCUUAGUCUAAAAAAGCUAUUCACUUAAAAAAUCAUGCCAAAAUGGUAAAUCUUUGAAUGCAAUUUGUUUGUUUUUAAAAUAAAAGAAUGUUUAUUUUAGUAAAAUGAACUAGCUUAAGGUUUUAAGGCACUUUCCCUCCAGUAGGACUAAGAUGGUCGGCUCUUUAUCAUUUAUCACCAUGGCUGUCACGUUCUAACAAGUAUGUAAGCGCGAAAGUGACGGGUAUAGUGACAAGUGAUCAAAAUGGAACCAUGCUGCCACCGCAGGGCCCAUAAAUUUUUGGAUAUGUUAAGCAAAAAUGUUCAUGCCAAGUUUCAUUUAAUUUAAGCAUGUCAUUUUAAAAUUCGUAAUUUCGAUUGAAUUGUAGCGGCUUUUUGGCGGCGGGCUCGUGUUUUUUAAGUUUCGUAACUCCACCUUUUAUUUCAACGAAAUGCCAUUACAUUUGACAACGACUAUUAUUUUACCUAGUCCCAGGUUCUCGUCUUUGCUAAUUUAAAAUUUAAGUUGUACAUACUGGUAGUUAAUUUGGUGCUGCUAAUUUACUGUACUAGCCUGUCGUCUACCAAAUUCGGAUAUUCUCUCCCCACCCGUGCGAGCCACUCCAUAUUUGAAAUCCGCAGUCGAAAAGCAGCUUUAUUUCGAUUUAAAUAAUACUGCUUUUCGACUGCGAAUAAAAUGAACGGUAAUCUCCGUAAUUAACACGUACGGGGCACAAACUACUGGCCGGUAAUUUCCGGCCUCAGUAGAUAGAGGGGUGUUUUUUUAGUUAGGUAGACGACAGGUUAAUUAUUAUAUCUUUAUUGCAUGUUCAUAUCAAUAAUAUUAUUAUAAGUUAUUGGAUUUUCUUUUGUUAUAUAACUCUUGCAAAUUCGCAUUAUGGUGUCGUUGUAAAUACAAUCUUAUAAUGUACUAAUAAGGUUUACAUUGCUGUAAUGAAAACUCCUGGAUGGUGUUAUUCAAUAUGUGCAAUACCUUGUUUAAUUUCAUACUAUUAUUUUUAGGCAGGUUAAUGUUAGGUUAGGUAGUUUUUGUAUAUCUUGUUGUGUUUAGUCUACGCAGAUUUAUUUGGUUUAGUAAAAAGAUUCUGGAUAUACUAGUAUUGAACCAUUUUUAGUUUAUCAUGAAAAGUGUAUUAUUUCAUACUUAUAUCAAAACCAUGUAUAGUGCACUCGCUCGUAUUUAUAAUUAUAAUUAUUCUUAGAUGCUUUAUAACACAGAUAACAUGUUUAAACGUCGUGGUAAUAUGAAUACUCAUUAUGUUUAAAUUACCCUCCCUAAUCAAAUAUGAAAUAUUGAAUUGAUUAAAGUAAACAAACAUUUUUUUUUUAUCUAAUUCAAUUGUAAUAGGUGACAUAGGUGUAUCCUUAUAAUGAGUGCUAUAUUUGGUUGGAUAUUAUAUAAUUAAACCAGUGUAUAUUAGUCGUAUGAGUAGGCUAGUCGCUUUAGAACAUAGCAACCGAAAUUGUUUUUAUGGUUUUCUUUAAACUAUCCAAAGAAUAACUGUUGAAAAUGCUGCAAACUAAUGGUUAAUAUAAGAGCAUGCAAAAUGU